AUGUUUGUUAUGCUUAAUAUUUUUAGUUUAAUUUGCAUCUGUCUUAAUUCUGCCCUUUAUUCAAGCAAUUUUUUCUUCACAAAAUUGCCCGAGGCCUAUGCCUUUUUGAAUCCAAUCGUAGAUUUUAUGCCAGUAAUCCCUGUACUCUUUUUUCUAUUAGCCUUUGUUUGGCAAGCUGCUGUAAGUUUUCGAUGA